AUGAGGGCCUCAGGCACACUUCCUGAAGCCACCAUAGGGUCCCUCACCAUUUCUGAGCCUGUCAAUUCCUCUUCUGCAGGUUCUGUGUCCACCUUGGCUUCCAGCUCAGGCUCUGCGACCACUUCCACUAGAGACCCUAGACAGUGGCAGUACACAGCCGGGACCAGCACAGCCUCCAUGUCUACACCGACCUCAGCCACAGCCGGGACCAGCACAGCCUCCAUCUCUACACCCACCUCAGACACAGCCGGGACCAGCACAGCCUCCAUGUCUACACCGACCUCAGCCACAGCCGGGACCAGCACAGCCUCCAUGUCUACACCCGCCUCAGACACAGCCGGGACCAGCCCAGCCUCCAUGUCUACACCGACCUCAGCCACAGCCGGGACCAGCACAGCCUCCAUGUCUACACCCACCUCAGCCACAGCCAGGACCAGCACAGCCUCCAACUCUGGCUGGAUAACCACCCACAGCAGCUCUAGCCUGGCAUUUUCUACUGGAACAGACACCACCUCCAACCCCACCGGCACAGUUGGAACUCCAGUGAAUGAGGAGAAGCCCAGUGGGUCCCUAAAGCCUUGGGAAAUCUUCCUCAUCACCCUGGCCUCUGUUGUCAUGGCCACGGCACUCCUUGCUGGGGCCAUCUGUUUCGCGGUGAGUGCCUGA